AACUUAUUCCCACUGUAACUUGUUGGGUGUGUUUUGAUGAUGUUGGUCUCCAUUAGAAUAAACUGUGGUCUCACCUCCUCCUCUUCCAAUUAUCAGGAUUGAUGAACAAAAAGCUGAACUGAAGAAACAUCAAUUUGAGCAGAGAGAAAUGUAUAAGAAAGCACUGGAAUACCAGCUGAAACACAGGCCUUCCAGACUGCCCAUCUAUGAGCCCAUGGGCACCUUCACCAACUUUGGGCAGAAUGAGAAGACCCUGGAGGCCGAGAAGCGGCAGAGAAAUAUUGAAUACAUGAAGCAGCAGGUGGAAGCCGCUGCAGGCCACAAAAGACAGCUUAUCCUCAGCCACAUAAAAAAUCUGCAGCAAGAAAAAGAAAUGCUCCAGAAAAACCAAGAAAAGUAAGGGGCCUGGCCCUUCCUUCCCCACCAUAA